AGAAGACUUCCACCUUUUCCGACCUUGCUGCAGGUUCUCCAUGUUUUUGUUGAGCUUUCUUUCUUCGGCUCACCGACUCUCAUCAAGUCAUAAUUCCUUUAAGCGUUGCUUCCGACUCGUGGUCAUCGUGUCGCUUAAUCGAGUGGUAGCCGAGGCAAGCCGCACCUCGUCCAACUUGUCAAGGACUGGAAGCAACCUCUCUGAUGGCGUCGUCACACGACGAAAAUUCCACUCUUGGAGCUCUUUCCAGAACUCCUAUGAGUUAGUUGCGAUAGGAGAAGAUCUUGAGCGACGAUGUCUUCACAAUCACUUGCUGCAUCAAAUGCAGGCGAUGAAGGACUGUCGCUUUGUUUGUGACUUCUGUCGGUGCAAGAUCACACAAGGAGAGAUGUUUUGGUCCUGUCCCAGAUGUGUUUGGGACGUGUGUGAGGCAUGUUACGCAAGAGGAGCACGAUUCAAAUCAGGUGGCAAAGUGGAGUUGGUCCGUAGCCUGGAUUCCAGGUCAGGGUACUUUCCACGAGGGACAACUGGGGUGAUUCAGGAUGUUGUCAAUGACACGGAGGGGAAGCACUUGCGGUUGCAUCUCCUCCUGGAUGGCCCUCAUCAGAGCCAGUUCGUGACCUUGAAUGCAGAGGACUUCGCGAAGCUCAAGGUGCUUGAAUCGGAGGAACGCAAUAUCAGGAUGGUGGUGGGGAUCGUCCUCAUCACAGGUCUUUUUCUGUAUGGGAUUUUGGACCAUCACCAUCUCAGCGUCUUGCUGAAACGCUUUGUCGCCUGGUGUCGAACACUGGGCAUUUGGGCUGCCAUGAUGCUUUUUGUGGUCUCGUCCAUCCUUCCAGUCAUUAUGCUCCCGGUUUUUCCCAUCAUGGCCCUCUCUGGCCCCUUGUUCACCGAGAUGAAUGAUGGCGAGGCUGUCCUGGGUGGAAGCAUUGCAUUCCUCGUCGUCUUUGGUGGCCUGUGGGUUGGCAGCGUUUUAGCUUUUGCCCUUGGGAAGACUCUGUUACAUGACUAUGCCAGGAGAGCCAGCAAACAAAGUCGAUUCCUACGGCGGCUCAAUCGUAUUAUUGACAAAGCCGGAAUCAAGAUUGUCUUCAUGGCUCGGAGCCUGCCAAUCUUACCUGCCGAAGUCUUCGACUAUGCAUGUGCAAUGACCACCUUAGCUGUGCACGAGUAUGCCAUUGGAUGUAUAGGCUCGGCUGUGCCGGUGGCCUUUUGGACCUUCAGCACCGCACAGGCCUCCAACUUAGCAGGCCCUGAUCGAUCAAGGGCGAGCCAUGUAGCUUUGAUCCUUUUGAAUGUUGGCUGCUUGGUUCUCCUCACCAUUGUCCUGGUGCACGUUAUCCAGAGGCAUGAGCAGGACAACGAAGAUGAGACCAUCAGCAUCGAUUGGCAAGAGCAGUGGAUCGAUGCAAAACAGGAGGUGGCUGCACUGCUUCAAGCUGAAAACCUGCAGAUCCUUCGAGAAGGUCGGGACUUCACCAUUCGGGAUAAGUCCAAUAAGCUUUUACAGCUUUGGGACGAUCAUGGCAUUCUCCCCUUCCUACUCCGCAAGGAGAAAAAGCUUGAGUUGAACAAAGAGAACUUCCCAUUGAAAGUUCACGUCCACAAGGAGCCACCUCUAGUGAACGACCUGAUCGAGCCAGCGUUCCAUGCGGUGAAGCGGACCUCAUCGAGUGUGACUACACGGGCCAGCGGGAGCCCGGAGCAUUUGUACGCGCGCGUGGAUUGUGAGCCGCCACCGUUUCCAUGAGCUGAGCAUAGGGAGCCAGAAAGAGUUUGCGGGGGCCAUCUUUGAAGUCGGGAAUGGAGUGUAUUAGGUAUGGACAGGCAUGGUGAGUUCACAACCUCGAUCGUAGGCUGG